AUGAAUAAAAUGAUAGCUUUUGGAUUUUCAACAUGUGAAUCAUUGAUUCACAAAUUAUGUAGUAUUGACGAUCCAAAUAAUCUCAUUCAAAUUUAUUAACAAAAUAAAGAAUAAUUUAAAAGUGAACAUAUUGUCUAAUCAUUGAGAAUUAUAGGAAAACAUAGUAGCGAAAUAAAUUCUGACAAAUAAUUUUCAGAAAUAACAUGUUAAUUAAAUAAUAUUAUUACCACAUUAACAAAAUAAGGUAUUUUAUAUAUUAUAUUAUUUAGAUGCUGUGGAUGUAUUAUUAAGUUUAAGGAAAUGCAGAUAAAAUAGAGUUCCAACAAAUAUUACUUUAUAAACUUAAUCCCAUUUAUUUUCACGUAUUUAAUAGAUGUGUGACAAUUAAAUGUUUUCGUUUAGAAACAUGUGUAGUAUUUACCAUAAUUUUUCAAUUCUAAACCAUUACCAUGAGAAUCUUGUCAAAUCUAUUUCUGAAUAAAUGCUAAGUCCAACAUAAACUUCUCCAUUCAUCAUAAUCUAACUCUUAAACACACUUGUUAUUAGAAUUAACCAUUGCAAUAUUUCUAAACAUGAUUAAAUAAUCCUUACCAAAGCUAUGUAAUUUGUAGAAUUUAAUUUGCAAAACUUUGAUCUUGAAUAAGUAUCAAAAUAUUUAAUAAAUAGGAAUGUUAAUUAUUAUAAGUUUGUGCUAAAGUACAAUUCUAAAAUCUUCCUCCAAAAUUCUAAUUGCCAAAGUAAAUAUAUAGAAUAGAAAGUUCGAUAUUAAUAGCUAUUAAUUCGCUUACAGAACAUCAAUUAAUACGGAUUUUGGAGGCUUAUGAAUAUCUUCCAAAAUAUUUCGAUUUUCAACUUUUAAAAUUUCUAAAAGAAAAAAUUAGGGCUUCUUUUUAAGGAAGAGCUUAAAGGAUCCAUGAUAUAUUUUUGAUCGAUAUAGCAGAAAAAAUGAUUAAUUUGAGUCACAAAUUCAAUUUUGAGAUUAUUAGAAGUGUAAUUAUAGAAAUAUCUGGAAGAAUUUAAAAAAAAAUUAUUGAUUUUUAACAAAUAGAUCAGUUGAUACCAGCUUUAAUGAAAUACAAAAAAAUAGAUUAAUUUAUUAUUGCAGUUUAACAAAUAGAAAAUAAAAGUAUUAUGAUUCAGAAAUUUUUAUUUUUUAAUGGAAUCGAUACGAAAGAAUUUAUUGAAGAUUUUAUUAAAAAAAAUAAAGUUAAAUCAAUUCCUUUAAAUAUAGCUACCACUUAUGCAAUAUUUUGUAAUAGAGAUUAAAAAGAAAAUUUAGAUUAAUUUCUUGGAAUUUGUAAAGAAUAAAUUUAGAAUCAACCUUUACAAGCAUUAAGAACUUUUUAAGAAAUUGAGUUAAAUUACUAUUUAAAAUAUUAAUUGUAAGAAGAAGCCUAUUUAAAGUUAAUUGAGUAAGUCAAAUAAUAACAAUAUGAUUUUCUAAAAAUAUUUAAGGAUUUAAUAGUUGGUUGUUGCACUAAAAAAUGUAAAAAUGCUCUCUCAUAAUUGUAUGAUUAAUUAAGUUCUUAAAUUCAUCCUAAAUAACUACUUAGUAGAUUGUAGGCAUAAAAAGUUAGUUCACUUGAUUAUGAAUCAUUUAGUGCACUCUCAUAAAUCUUGCUUAAAGAUCCAUCUAAAAUACCAAUUCAAAAAUUUGUAGAUUAUUUAACACUUAAUUAAAAAUAAUUAUAAGAUUUAAUAAAAAGUGAUUAUAUCUAAUAAGCCACUAAAAUAUUAGUUGUUGGUUAUUAAGCAUAACCUGAAUAAAAACUUUUUCCAAUAGUAAAUUUUGUAAUUCGAUUUGAAAUAAAUGGAUAUUAUAGUGAAUAUAUGAGAGUCUUAUUAAAAAAGACUGCUUAAAUUUUCAAAACCAGAUGUCCAUCUUCUCCAUACCCAGAUCCUUUGUUUGUCAAUUUACUAAUGAAUUAUAAUUUAUUAUCACCAGAAGAAGCUAUCAUUUAAUUAAAUAAUGAAUAUAUAAAGGAAAACACCAAAUUUUUACUUUAUGGGAUUAUUUAAUCCUAAAAAGAUGUACCAUAAAAUAUUUUAGAAGAAUGUAAUUAAAUUAAAAAAGGUUUAUUAAAAGAAAUGUAAACAUCGAAUCAAUUUUAACCAGUUUAUAAUUUAAUUACUUUAGGAAAUUUGACACCUGAGGAAGUUUAAAUUAUAAAAAUUACAUUUGAAAAAUUAUUAACUUACAUAAUAUCGACUAACUAAUACUUUUAAUUAAUCAUGUAGACCAAAAAUGCCUCUAUAUUAAGAGAAUUAGCAAGUUAUUUUCAUUAAUUUUCACCAAAACUUGGAAUUGAUAGAACUAUCUAAGCUGUAAAAAAAUUUGCUAAAUUUUAAAUCAAAACUUAAACAGUUUAUAAUGCUCUUGUUGACUCUUAUGGAUAUUUCUUCUUUGGUGUUGUAAAUGAAUAAAGAAUUUAAAUUUUAGAAAUUUUAGCAUUAGCCAAAAUUAAAUAAUAUGAUAUUUUUAAAAGAACUUUAGAAAGAAUUAAAUAAUUUGCUUCAUCUUAUAAAAUAUAUUAUGAUGAUAUUAUUGAAAUGGUUAUUAAUCUAGGAUUUAUUGAAAAAGAAAUAGUUGAUUUAAUUAAUUAAAUAAUUGAUAAAAAUUAAAUUUCAAGUUAAGUUGCUCUCAAAUUGAUGCAAUAUUAAAUCUUAACAAAUUAGCCUAUUUAAGAUAUUGAAAUACAUGUACCAUCAUUAGAUGAAAUAAAAAAUAAAGAUAAUUAUAGAACUGCUUUAAUUUAUGAAAUAUUACUUCGAAAAUAUCCAGAUUCAGUUAUUACUAAAGCACAUGAAAUAUUCCUUAAUGAUGAUAAAUUUUAAAAAAUCAGAUUGAACCUUGCUUCUCCAACUAAAAAAUCUUAUUAUAUACAUGAAUUUUGUCUCCAAUAUCUAUAAUUAUUGGGCAUAGAAGUAUAACUUAAUAAAAAUAUUGAUGGUAUUAAUGUUGAACUUUACAUACCGUCUAUGUAAUUAUAAAAUUUAAUAAAUUAAGUUAGACAUCUUUAUUUAUAGUCAGUACAGUAUAAUUAAAUUUUGAUUUAAUUUCCUUAAAUGGUGUUGGAAUCUUAGAAAAGGUACUGUUGGAAACAGUCACAAAAAAAGUUAUUGUAGUUAAUUUUAAAUAAUUCUACAAUUUAGAUACUCAUUGGGACAGAGCUAAUUACUUAAUGCAUUUAGGUAUAUUUUAUAAAUAAUUGAGGAAUACCAAUUAAAGUUGAUUUCAAUUAAGUAGAUUUUAGCUCUAUUGUUGAUACUGAUUUGAAGGAUAAAAAAGGUCAAAAGACAAAAACUAAUUAAAAAAAUUAGUUAGAAAAAAAGGAUUAAGAUGAGGAUUAAUGA